CUUUCCGGGAAUUCCCUGUAGCUUGGCGGGUGGACGCGGUUUCUUCCUAUUCCGCCUCUGGCAGAGGCACACACUGUUCUUCGGUCCUUUGCACCGCAGGCGCCUAGCUCCCGGGCAGCUGCUCCGGUCUGCUCGCCUCCACCCGCAACAGAUCCAUGGCGGAACGUGGGGAACUCGAUCUGACCGGCGCCAAACAGAACACCGGAGUGUGGCUGGUCAAGGUUCCUAAAUAUUUGUCACAGCAAUGGGCUAAAGCCCCUGGAAGAGGUGAAGUUGGGAAACUGCGGAUUGCCAAGAGUCAAGGAAGGACUGAGGUGUCAUUUACUUUGAAUGAGGAUCUUGCAAAUAUUCACGACAUUGGUGGAAAACCAGCAUCAGUCAGCACUCCUAGAGAACAUCCAUUUGUCUUACAAAGUGUUGGAGGACAGACAUUAACAGUCUUUACUGAGAGCUCAUCAGACAAACUUUCAUUGGAAGGAAUAGUGGUACAAAGAGCUGAAUGCCGACCUGCGGCCAGUGAAAACUACAUGAGAUUAAAAAGAUUGCAAAUAGAAGAAUCUUCCAAACCUGUAAGGCUAUCACAACAACUGGACAAAGUUGUGACAACCAAUUAUAAACCUGUUGCUAAUCAUCAGUAUAAUAUUGAAUAUGAGAGGAAAAAGAAAGAAGAUGGAAAACGGGCUCGAGCUGAUAAACAACACGUUUUGGACAUGCUAUUUUCGGCAUUUGAGAAACAUCAGUAUUAUAAUCUUAAGGACUUGGUGGACAUCACAAAACAGCCUGUGGGGUACCUAAAGGAAAUCUUGAAAGAAAUUGGCGUUCAGAAUGUAAAAGGGACCCACAAAAACACAUGGGAGCUGAAGCCAGAGUAUAGACAUUAUCAAGGAGAAGAGAAGAGUGAUUAAGAAGACUUUGCCAGCAUGCCGGCAGAACAACUAAAGGGUGGUGCGCUGAGGAAGCACUGCCAAGACUCAGAUACUUGAGUACCGUCUGUUGUAGGGGUGAAAUGACUGGAACUUUAAUUUCCCUAGGUAAAUUUUUUAAACAGUAAUUCUUGUAAAGUUACUCAAGGUGGUUUUUUUUUUUUCUUUUUUUUUGAGGAAAAAAAUUUAUUUAUAGGCUUGUAUUAAACCUAGAUUAUUCAGAAGGGGGUGAGGGGCUGGGGGGGUUAAGAAGGUUUUUCGUUUUAAAUAUUGACUUUUAAAAUGUCAAACUAGGAAAUGUUUUCUAGAUGAGGACUCUGUCCUUGUUUUCUCUGAGGAUCUGAGGUGAUACAAAGCGGAAGUGAAUGGCAAAACCUGAAAAAAGCGGUCAAAUACAGAAAGACUUAAAGGGAAUAAAAAACCAAAGUUCCUUAUUCUGAAAUUGUCAAAGAACAAAGCUCUCUUUAUUUAUUUAUUUUUACAGGAGAUCAUGUUUCAUAUUCACACCCAUUAAUAAAGAAGAGGGCAUUUAUGUUUGUACCUAAGAUAGCAGUUUUCAUUAUUAGCUUGCAUAUUUAACCCUCCUGUUAGUGACAUGAGAAAUGGGGAAAAUCUUGGCCAAUGAAUAUAUCUUUUAUUUGCUUUUAUAUAUUUUUUAAAAGAUUGAUUUGUUUAAGUAAUCUCUACAUCCAGCAAGGGACUUGGACUCAUUACCCCACAAUCAAGAGUCACGUGGUCUACCAACUAAACCAACCUGGCGCCCCUCUUUUAUUUUGUUUUUAAAAGAAUCAGAAAUUAAAUAUUUUCCCAGUAAUUCAAGAUCUGUCUCUCCCAUCCAGAUUAUAAGCUUCUCAGAAACUGAUUUUGUUCCAGAAUUUUGCUUCAUACUCAGCUGGCAGAUACUGAUUGUCGCCUGAAGAAUGAUGUUGACAAACUAAGGGAGGCUUGUAGGGGUGAGGCCGAUAUGUAUUAGGCAGGCACAAAAACAAACCUACCCACAAACAAGACCAUGAGAGCAAACAAAGGAAGCUUUUAACAAGUUAAUUGCUUCUUGGCCUUUUGGCUAAGAUCAAGUGUAACAAAUUAAACACAAGGAAAAGUUGCUUUUCUUUUGUUCAUUUUGUCAGCUGCUUCUGUAUGCGCCCAACCAAUAAGGAACGAAUGCCAGAAAUUUAAGAAACUGUUACAUAACUAAAGCCAGUCAAAGAGGAACCUAUCCUUUGAGAUAAAUAUUUUUCUGUAUUACUCGAUUUUCAGCAGGGAACACCAUCAUGCAGAGGCUGAGUACAACUGCUUUGAGAAAAUGUCUGCCUUUGCAUUCCCACUGUAAACUGUAAUUCUGAUGAGGGAGAGUGGUAUUCAAUGUUGUUCUGGUGCAGGAACCAAAUGUAUCCCCCUUACCUUUGUUUCUGACAGAGACUUAGUGUCAGGGAGCAGAUGGAUAAUGGUGUGACCAAUCAGUAUAGAACUGAGAAUUCUGGAAACCUGUCAUGUGCUUGGUUCAUAGCAUAUAUCUCCCCCCGCAGACCUUGUCUUUUUUUGACGUUUGGCCCUGCCCUGCAACAGACCUCUGUGUCCUCUCCUUCUGUCUUUAGUUUUUAAGGUGACCGUGCCUGCCAGAUUGAACUGUGUAGCUGCUGGCAGAGCUUCCGGGCAGGGCUGUGUCUCCUCAGAAGCUCUGCUCUGCUAUUUCUGCCAGGUCUGGUUUCUUCAGCUUAUUUUAGGUAUCUUUUACCUCAUCACACCUGACAGUAUCUGCUUGAGUCAUUUAAACACUUGUUACUUGUUCAGUGGCAUAGCUAAUCUAGGCUGUAGACUGGUACCACUCCUGAUUAGAUUUUUUGAAAUUGCUUUCUUAUUUAAUACUAAAAUACGGCUACUGGUAAUGAAGGAGACUCUCUCUGGCUUCUUUUAUUUUUUUAUUUCAGAACUCGCUUGCUCUAUAAACACGCUUUCGACAGCCAACUAUCAGGAAGUAGGAGUCCUCAGCCCUUAUAACCACUGUGAGAUUGAGAGAGGAAAGCUAGUAAGAGAGAUGCACAUCUGGUAAGAUGUCACAUCCUAAGCACACAGGAGGGCCAUGUUUCAUAGGUGAUUUAGUUAAACUCUGCUAGUUACACUCACUUAAGGGAUGUUUUAACCAACAAAUGGUAAUAAAUAUAUUACGGUUGCUGGGCAUUGGAAAGAUUUGAAAUUACAUGUUGCCACAGUAACUUCUAAAAUGAUAGAUCUUAAAAAAGAAAACCGUUUUUGCUCUGUUGUAUCAUAAGCAGCCCUUAAGGAGUUCAGCAGAGUUGGAGUUAUUCCUAAUGGUCUGUGAACAAAUUUUCUUUGGAGCUUAUUUUCAUCCUUGUUGGUACUUAUCUGUGAAAUAAGAGUUAACACUUAUCAGGCCCUUAUGUGCCUGGCAGUGUGUUAAAUGCUCUAAAGUAUUGCAUUUAAUCUUCAAAAAUAGCUGUGAGAGGUAGAUAAUGACCAUUUUAUAGAACCAUUUCCUGCCCAACACACUGUCAUGAGACCUGAUCGCCUUUGGGGGAAAUUCUACCUGUGGGCCAAGUGAAUACCAGAGUGUACUUUUCCAGAAACCUUCCCCUGACGCCCCAUCCCCCCCACCCCCAACAAAUCCUCCCUCCAGGAAAAUGGUGCAGACCCCAGAAGACGUGAGAGCGAGGGAGUUUGUCUCUGGCAUCUCUAAUA